UUAAUACAUUUCAUGUGGCAUUUACAUGGAUGUCCUUGGCUGUUACCCAUUUAAUUACAAACUAUGGGUUUAAAGAAGCAGAGUAUGUUCAAUAUAACGUUCAAAAGCUGCUUCUGUGCAUGUAAAGGUACUAAGUAACGGUUCCCUGGCAAACAAAGCUGAGAGUGGUGCUGUGAAAGAGACACACGCAGAAGUAUCUUAAGUACGAGUGUGGAUCGUUCCACAUUAUUGAAUAUAGUGUUGUCUUUAAGGUUGUCACAUCAGGUGCAGAUUAACCAAGAACAGUGACGUCUUCAUUCGCGUGACUGGCUACGGAUCUUCGGGUUCCUGAUGCACUGCCUCGCGUGAGAGCGCCCCCUGCCGCCGCCGCACGGACCUGCAGCCUUUGUCUGCAGCCUUCCGGCCGUCGCUUCCGGGUUGUGUCACAGCGGCUGCCGAGCGGUUUGUCAAACAAGUUCAAAGUUGUCCGGAGCCGUGAGGAGGAUGGUCCCGGAGGCCGUCGUGUGGAGCCAGUGCUUGGGCUGAAGCUGGUUCUGGUUUUGACAGGACGAUGCGCGGACGUUGUGUUCUUGGCGGCGACCGAGCGGCGGCGGCGGCGGCCGUUACCGGGACGCUGCUGUGAAAGCGAAGCAGCGCGAGCCGUCGUCCCCGCUAGCUCCCGCUAGCCUGCGCCUGCUAGCCCAGUUAGCCACCAGCGUUUUCCGCUCGGAACCAGCCCCUUCGACCCCCAGACGAGUAAAAUAGUCCGACGACAUGGACAAAGUCCAGAUGAGGAACCACCCUCGCAGGCAGCUGAAGAAGCUGAGCGAGGACAGUCUCACCAAGCAGCCGGAGGAGGUGUUUGACGUCCUGGAGAAGCUGGGUGAAGGGUCGUACGGCUGUGUCUUCAAAGCUCAUUACAAAGAGACGGGAGAGAUUGUAGCAAUCAAACAGGUCCCAGUGGAGUCGGACCUUCAGGAGAUCAUCAAAGAAAUCUCCAUCAUGCAGCAGUGCAACAGCCCUCAUGUGGUGCGCUACUAUGGCAGCUACUUCAAAAACAGCGACCUGUGGAUCGUCAUGGAGUACUGUGGAGCCGGAUCGGUGUCUGACAUCAUCCGGAUACGCAACAAGACGCUGACGGAGGACGAGAUCGCCACCAUCCUGCAGUCGACACUCAAAGGUCUGGAGUAUCUUCACUUCAUGAGGAAAAUCCACAGAGACAUCAAAGCAGGCAACAUCCUGCUGAACACAGAGGGUCAGGCCAAACUGGCCGACUUUGGAGUUGCCGGGCAGCUCACAGACACCAUGGCAAAGCGGAACACCGUCAUCGGCACGCCGUUCUGGAUGGCGCCGGAGGUCAUUCAGGAGAUCGGCUACAACUGCGUCGCCGACAUCUGGUCGCUGGGGAUAACGGCGAUAGAGAUGGCUGAGGGGAAGCCGCCGUACGCCGACAUUCACCCCAUGAGGGCCAUCUUCAUGAUUCCCACCAACCCCCCUCCGACGUUUAGGAACCCAGAUCUGUGGUCACCAGAUUUUCCAGACUUUGUCAGCCAGUGUUUGGUGAAAAACCCAGAAAACAGGGCGACUGCCACACAGUUGUUACAGCAUCCAUUUAUUAGGUCAGCUAAGCCCAAUUCCAUCCUCAAAGCGCUGAUCACAGACGCUAUGGAGAUCAAAAUGAAGAAACUGGAGGCUGAACAGCGAGAGCAGGACGCAGAAGAUGACGACAACUCGGAUGAGGAUGAGGUCGACCAGGGGACGAUGGUGCGAGCUGGAACCGGCGACUCAGGAACCGUCAGGGCUGCUGGUUCUUUAGCAAGUUCCCUCAGUGGUACGGCACGGACCAUGAUCGAGUACGACGACACGGGGACCAUGCAGUCCAGGCUGGGCACCAUGGUCAUCAACAGCGAUGACGAGGACGAAGAGGAGGCCGGCACAAUGAAAAGGAGAGAUGAGACGGAGACCAUGCAGCCGGCCAAGCCGUCCUUCCUCGAGUACUUUGAGCAGAAAGAGAAGGAGGCCAACGUUUACAACGACGGAGGAGGAAACAACGCCGACAACCGCAAGCUGCCGCCCGACGGAGACCUGGAAGUGGUGAGCACGUGGUCGGCGGAGGAGCUGCGGCUCCGUCUGGCCUCUCUGGACCCUCAGAUGGAGCAGGAGAUCGAGGAGAUCCGUCAGCGCUACCAGGCCAAGAGGCAGCCCAUCCUCGACGCCAUCGACGCCAAGAGGCGGCGCCAGCAGAACUUCUGAGAGACGAGGGUUUGUUUUCCUCUGCAGCCGCCGCGAAAACUGUGAAAACCUGGCUGCAAACUUCAAACGGCUGAAUUCCAACCUGACGUCAGAACUUCUGAAGUUUGACAUGAUUGACAUUUGUUGCGUAUUUGGUUCGACAUCAUGUUUCUUUGAUUGAUUUUUACAUUUCUGGUACAAGACAUGAAGCAGCUGUUUCCUGGUUCACGCUGGGAGUCGACGCCUCCAAGGAUGUGGUACAUUUGACCUGCUGACUCAUGGUACUGCUCAGUCCGUCCCUGCUGCUGGUUCUGGAUCUAGAAACAAAUUAUAUGCAUCCAGGAGGCUCCAGCUGUGGGUUUGGUUGUUUCCUCACUCACCUCGUCUUAUUCUGAGAAGAUUCAUGUUUCUAUUUCUUAUUUUCUACCACUGUGACUCCUCGCGUGUUAAUUCUGCUAAUUAUCAGCCCUGUUAGUUAAAAUUGGAAAUCAAUUGUCUCUCCACAAUAUCAGACCAAUUUUCUUGUCGCCUUAACCCAAAAAGACACUUCCCACAGUUCUGCUUCAUUAUGCGUCAGACAAAGUGCACAGAGGCAGAAAGUGGAGCUUUGUCAGUGAAGACGCUGGUGAAAAAACACAUUACAGCCGAGUUUUAUCAUAAUCUGCGUCCAUCGCGUGAACGCAAUCUGAUCAUUGAACAAACUGAGAACAAACCAGUUACAAACCGUUUCCUACAGGAUUCGUCUGUUUCAGUCUCUCAGAUGUUUUGUUUCUUCAUUAUCAGGAUCAUUCGGGUUUUGUUCUCGUCUAAUGUCUGAGCUGAAUCACUGGACCUGAGACGCAUCGUGUCUCUGGCCAAGACAGAACCGAGCCAUGAGAACUAGCCUCUGAGUUCAGAAUCACUGGACCCAGUGUGACCUUCAGUCAUGUUUUAACGGAUGGAGACACUCUCCACCUGCUGCACCUGUUACAGCUGACUCUGUAGUUUAGUUCUUUCAUGUCUGUGGCGCAUGUUUAAUUUCAUAGGUUCCUUUUAGUUUCUGGGUUUAGGUUCGACUCCUACAUUCCUGUGAGCGAUGAGUGGAUAAAACAGGAGAAAGGAGGACGAGCUGGAAUGAACGCGAGCUUCUCAGGUCUAAAACUCCUCAGGGUGGAGGAGGGCGACGGUUCGAAUCCCUGCCUCCGUCGUGUCUCUGUAUUGUUGAGUCAGUUAUGACAUCAGAUGCUGAGACGAAACCUCCAGAUUCUCUGUUUACAGGAUGUUUAUUCAUCUUUAGUUACAAACGAAGCACAAGGAUGUUUCAUGUAUUGCUCUUUUUGAGGCUCUGCUGUUUUUUUUGGUUGACCUGAAUAAAAAGAGUGGUUUCGUUUAAUGACGCCAUGAAAAAAAGGGAAAUAUGGCAAAACUAAUCUUUUUAGGUAAAAAAAAAGUCGUAAUCACUGGAUAUUGUUUGGAGACUAUAAGUGAACGUGCUGAUUCACAGGUUUGCGCCGUGGUUCUGGUGUAAACGGAACCGGCGGCUGAUGAAACAAACCUCGUCACUGUCUCUGCUGCUUGGUUUGGCGUUGGCUCGUCAUCAGAGGAUCCCUGAUUUAAUUUAUUUACUGACAGCAAGUGAUGCCUUCAGGCGCUCAUCAGUUUAUUCAACCAGUUACAACCUGUGAAUCCUGAAGCUGAGACUGGAUUCAUUAUUUUGCUCAAGUGUUUCUAUGCUUCACUGUUUAAUUUAUUCGUCUUCCUCUGGUUUUAGUUUCUACUUUUUCUAGUCGUACUUCAGCCGCUGACGUCUAAUACAUCCUCAGACAUUUCCACUGCAAAUGUUCAGCUCAUCGUUGGCUUCUGUAUUAAACUGUGAUGUUGCUCGAGUUCUUUCUCAGAAGCUUUAUUUUUUUACACAUCUGCUGGAAAAUGCUGUUGUUUUGCACACUGAUGUUUGUAAAGUCUAUAUCUGCCUUAAAUAUGCAGUGGAAGUUGUUUUGCUUGUCUAAUAAAGAAACAAAUGAACAUUAACAA